AUGCUACAGCUGGCCUGUACAGACAUCUCUCUGGCUGAGGUGGCUGACUUUAUCUCCUCUGCUAUGUUGCUCCUGGGCUCCUUGCUCCUGACAGGAGUGUCUUACACCUACAUUGUUAUUACUAUCCUUAGAAUUCCUACUGUGCAGGGAUGGCAGAAGGCCUUCUCUACUUGUGUUUCACACAUCACAGUGGUUACAAUUUAUUAUGGAAGUUCCAUCUUCCUCUAUGUUCGCCCAAAGAAAGGGAACGCAAUGAGCAUUAACAAAUUUGCCACAGUGCUGAACACCGUUGUAACACCAAUGCUGAACCCUUUCAUCUACAGCCUUCGAAAUGAGAAAGUCAAAGAAUCCCUGAGAGACACCACCAGUAAAUACAUAGGUGGAAGUGGCAACAUUAUGGAUCACAGAAACAAGACCAGAGUCACUGAGUUUAUUCUUCUGGGGUUUCAGAAUGAGAAAGAAAUAGAAGUUCUUCUUUUUUCUGCCUUCCUGCUCAUGUACAUAACAUCUCUGAUUGGCAACACCAUGAUCAUCCUUUUGGUGUGUGGUGACUACCGUCUACAUACACCCAUGUAUUUCUUUGUAGCCAAUCUUUCUUUCCUUGAAGUUGCCAUCACCUCCACAGUGGUACCUAAGAUGCUAGCUAACACAUUUUCCCUAACCAAGAGAAUAUCCUUUGUGGGAUGUCUUACUCAGUCUUUCUUCUACUUCCUUCUGGGAUCCACAGAAUUCUUCAUCCUGGCCGUCAUGUCUCUUGACCGAUACAUUGCCAUUUGCAACCCACUGAGGUAUGCCAUCAUCAUGAAUAAACAGACAUGCAUAUUCUUUCUUCUAGGAUCUUAUGUGGGUUCAUUAUUGUCAAUUUUAGUGCCAUCGAUCUUAACUGCUCCUCUUCCAUUUUGUGGGCCAAAUAUAAUCAAUCACUUUUUUUGUGACAGUGGCCCAGUGCUAAAGUUGGUGUGUGCAGACAUCUCUCUGGCUGAGGUGGCUGACUUUGUCUCCUCUGCUGUGUUGCUUUUGGGCUCUUUGCUCCUGACAGGAGUGUCUUACCUGUACAUUAUUGUUACUAUCCUUAGAAUUCCCUCUGCCCAGGGACGACAGAAAGCUUUCUCCACCUGUGUUUCACAUAUCACUGUAGUGACACUUUAUUAUGGAAGCUCCAUCUUUAUCUAUGUCCGCCCAAAAAAGGAAAAUGUGAUGGAUGUUAACAAAUUUGCCACAGUGCUGAACACCAUUGUAACACCAAUGCUGAACCCUUUCAUCUACAGCCUUCGAAAUGAGAAAGUCAGAGAAUCCCUGAGUGAUGCCUUCAAAAAAUGUGUAGGGAUGGUGACAAAUUCAAGAGCUUUAAGAUCUGAAAAAUAA